AUGUUUAAGCAUAAAGAAAAUUUGAAGCAUAUUUCAACUAGUGGUUGUGAUAUUCUUGUUGGGACUCCUGGCCGUCUCACCGACUUUUUUAUGAAUGAAUUUCUUGACUUUGAAUUAAUGAAAAUUUUGGUUUUGGAUGAGGCUGACCAAUUACUUGAGGACAGUUUUGCACGUGAUCUGCGUCGUUUAACUAAAGUAAAUGGAUGGCCAAAGAAUGAGGACCGCCAAACUCUGCUUUUUAGUGCCACUUUUCCACCUGAAGUUCAACAGUGGGCGAGCGAGUGGCUCAAAAAGGAAAAUGUGAUGGUUUCAAAUCGUAAAUUGGUUGAUGCUAAUCCGCGUAUUAUUCAAAAGUUUAUGAAAGUUUCACGUGGUGAGAAGAACAAUGAACUUUUGAAAUUGCUUAAACAAGAGGAGGAAGAUGCCAAAAAAGAAAAUCGUAAAUUCCAUUAUUUUUAUUUCCAUAAUAUCCAUGCGACUUUCUUGACGAGAAGUUGUUUGGUUGUCCAUAUUUAA